CUCCCGCGUGUAGGUGUGUGGCACACACGCAGCGAGCAGAUCUCGCGUUGCGCUGCCCAGAGCCAGCCCCCCAGCCUCCGGCCCCCCGCCUGGAGCGGAGGUGUCACUCUCUGCCCGCGCUGCUGCUGCUGCUGCUUCUGCCGCCGCCGCCGCCGCCGCUGCGGGGCUCAGCCGGAGCUUGAGCCCGAGCCUGAGUCCGAGUCCGAGCCGGAGCCGGAACAGCUUGACGGCUACACCGCGCUUCUCCCGGAGCCCUGCGCCGCCACCGCCGCCGCCGAGAGCCUGAGCCCAGAGCGCGCAGCAGGGGAAGCGGCAGCUCUCAGAGCCCUCUCCGCGGCCGCAGCGAUGGCCACAACCGUGACCUGCACCCGCUUUACCGACGAGUACCAGCUCUAUGAAGAUAUUGGCAAGGGGGCUUUCUCAGUUGUACGACGCUGUGUCAAACUUUGCACUGGACAUGAGUAUGCAGCUAAGAUCAUCAAUACCAAGAAGCUCUCUGCAAGAGAUCACCAGAAGCUGGAGAGGGAGGCCCGGAUCUGCCGUCUCCUGAAGCACUCCAACAUUGUUCGUCUCCAUGACAGCAUCUCCGAGGAAGGCUUCCACUACCUCGUGUUUGAUCUAGUCACUGGUGGAGAGCUUUUUGAAGACAUUGUGGCAAGAGAGUACUACAGUGAAGCCGACGCCAGUCAUUGCAUCCAGCAGAUCCUGGAGGCUGUUCUCCAUUGCCACCAAAUGGGGGUCGUCCACAGAGACCUCAAGCCAGAGAACCUCCUCUUGGCCAGUAAGUGCAAAGGAGCCGCAGUGAAACUGGCAGAUUUUGGCCUGGCCAUCGAGGUGCAGGGGGACCAGCAGGCAUGGUUUGGUUUUGCGGGCACUCCUGGCUACCUGUCCCCAGAAGUUCUGCGCAAAGAAGCUUAUGGAAAGCCUGUGGAUAUCUGGGCUUGUGGUGUGAUCCUCUACAUUCUGCUUGUGGGCUAUCCUCCAUUCUGGGAUGAAGAUCAGCACAAACUUUAUCAGCAGAUCAAGGCUGGAGCUUAUGAUUUCCCAUCCCCUGAGUGGGAUACUGUCACUCCUGAAGCCAAAAACCUUAUCAACCAGAUGUUAACCAUCAACCCUGCAAAAAGGAUCACAGCUCAUGAGGCCCUGAAGCACCCAUGGGUCUGCCAACGCUCAACCGUGGCCUCAAUGAUGCACAGGCAGGAGACUGUGGAGUGUCUCAAGAAAUUCAAUGCCAGGAGAAAGCUCAAGGGGGCAAUCCUUACCACCAUGCUGGCAACACGAAACUUCUCAGUGGGCAGACAGACCACCGCUCCGGCCACAAUGUCAGCUGCGGCCUCCGGUGCCACCAUGGGGUUGGUGGAACAAGCUAAGAGCUUACUGAAUAAGAAGGCGGAUGGAGUCAAGCCCCAGACGAACAGCACCAAAAACAGCGCGGGUGUCACCAGCCCCAAGGGGACGCUCCCUCCUGCCGCCCUGGAGCCUCAAACCACCGUUAUCCAUAACCCAGUGGACGGGAUUAAGGAAUCAUCAGACAGCACCAACACCACCAUAGAGGAUGAAGACACUAAAGUCCCCAGGAUCUCUGAUAUUCUAAGCUCGGUGAGGAGGGGUUCAGGGCCCCCGGAAGCUGAGGGGCCCCAGCCAGCUAUGCCCCAGCCAUGUCCGUCUCCAUCUCUCCUAAGCUCCCUGCCUGUCCUGUCCCCCAGGAUCUCUGACAUUCUAAGCCCAGUGAGAAGGGGUUCAGGGCCCCUGGAAGCCGAGGGGCCACAACCGGCCGUCCCCCAGCCUUGUCCGUCUCCGACUUUCAUGAGCCCCCUGCCAUUCCCAUCCCCCAGGAUUUCUGACAUUCUAAGUCCAGUGAGGAGAGGUUCAGGGACACCGGACGCUGAGGGGCCCCAGCCAGCUGUGCCCCAGUCCUGUCCAUCUCCAUCUCUCCUAAGCCCCCUGCCCACCUCAUCUCGCAAGCAAGAAAUUAUCAAGAUCACAGAGCAACUGAUAGAGGCUGUCAAUAAUGGGGACUUUGAGGCCUAUGCGAAAAUUUGUGAUCCAGGCCUGACCUCAUUUGAACCUGAAGCUCUUGGCAACCUUGUAGAAGGGAUGGACUUCCACAGAUUCUACUUUGAGAAUUUGCUCGCCAAGAACAGCAAGCCCAUCCACACCACCAUCCUGAACCCCCACGUGCACGUCAUUGGCGAGGACGCCGCCUGCAUCGCCUACAUCCGUCUCACGCAGUACAUCGAUGGGCAGGGCCGACCCCGCACCAGCCAGUCAGAGGAGACCCGCGUCUGGCACCGCCGCGACGGCAAGUGGCAGAACGUCCACUUCCACUGUUCAGGUGCACCUGUGGCCCCGCUGCAGUGAAGAACCAGUACAUCCUUUUGUGGUUUCAUCCUGACGGAGACGGUGAUUGGAGCGGAGCCGCCACUCGCCGGGUGGUAGCGCCCACCGCGUCAGCAUGCUCGUGUCUGCCUCGUCCCUCCCUCCCCUGGUGCCUGUGUCUGCAGAAAACAAGACCAGAUGUGAUUUCUUUUUAAAAAACAAACAAACAUACAAACAAACAAACAAACAACCGGCAACUACAACAACGACAACAAAAAGCAACCAAUGAAAUGAGGAAAAAAACCCACCACGAUACAAAAAACGAAACCAAGAAAAAAAGCUGUAAAAAUCACUGGCGUUUGUGGGGCUUCAAAACCAACCAGCUGCUCCUCCCGUCCACAGCUCCAUGUGUGUGUCUGUCCGUCUGUUCCUCGACUGUCUUGGGUGACCAGAUGUUGCAAUGAAAAUGUCCACAAGGCUCCACCCCCUUUGUUGACCCCCAUGUUGAACGGUGUUAGUUUGUUAGAUGAAAAAAAAAAAAAAACACACACAAAACCCACAAAAAAAAAAAAAAACACAAAAAAACAAAAAAACAAACAAAAAAAAAACUAAGGUAUUUUGCAUUCUCUCUGCCAACGCAUGGGCCUUUGCCAGUGGUGUACUUGCACGUGGCCAUCGUGAGCUGUUACUGUUUGUCUUUUCAGGGACGUGGGGCUGCUGGCUCCAGGUUUUCCUUUGCCUUUUCCCUCUAGUUGUGCCUGCGGGUUGCUGUCACUCUUUCCUUCCUUCCACCCAACAUUCUUUCUUUGGUUGAGGAGGAAAGAGGCAUCUCUGGGCUCUGUCCCUUCUGUGCCAGGCAGAUUUCUGGUCAGCAACAUGUCCAGUGUUAUUGGAAAGUGACUUCCCGGCUCCGGAUGGGUUAAGAUCCCGGCACUCACACUAGGGGACAUCCCUUGCUCUUGUCAUCCCCCCUCAACUAAUGGGCCUGUGUCAAGAACCUCCUUGUGCCAUGUUGACCUCGUCUCUUACUCUGAAGCCUUGAAGGCUGGUGAUGGCAUGAAGGGCGAGCAGCUCUGGGUGAGGAUUGUGAAGAGUGCUGAGGGGCAUGGCUGGGAGAGGGGAAAAAGAUGGGGGCUGGGACAUAUAGGGGUACGAGAAUCCUGGUCCUUUGGAACCCCGAUUUUGUAGGUGUCUGCUGGCCCAGGAGUGGGGGGAGCUUGGGCCAGCCAGCUCCCAAGUGUCCAAGAGAGUAUGCUAAUCUCACAGAAAGGGGAACUCCAUCUUCUGGAGACAAAGCAUCAUCUCCUAUCAACUCUCCUUUCCUCUCCUUAGCCCUAACAACUUCACAGAUGGGAAGCACAGCCAGAGAAAUUAGCAGACCCUGGGCUGUGCCCCCAGGGCCUUUGUAACCUCUUCAGUUUAACCAGGAUCUUAAUUCCUUCCCCUUAACUGACAGAGACAACUCAGGAGCCAAGACUCCCAAAUAACCAGCUAUAGAAAAUGAGGGCUUUGGACCCUCAGGAAAUAAUCUUUCUUCUUGCCUUGGUGGAUAUUGAAAGCAGCUUCUGCUUCUUCCCUCUGUUUGGUUGGUCUCUGCACAGUAGACAGUGAAUGUAUUGACAGCUUUGUGGCGGCUCCUCUGAAUUUCGAUCCAGAGAAAUUUGUUUCCUCCUUUAUUUCUCUCUGACCCUUUAUAGGGGCAUUCCAAUCUCUCCUCCUAUCAGGAUAAGAAUUGGCAGUUCAGAAAGGUUACAUACAGACUUAGGCCUUUCUUCCUCCUGCUAUCCCAGCCCCUGAAAUGGGGGUAAAGAGGUUGUUAUUUUUCUUUAUGUUAUCCCUUUCCCAACCUAGGUGAAUCUGAUAGGUCUUGUGGAGGACUAUCCAGAGGUAUUGUGUGCUCUCCUAUGGAGAGGCCCCCGGCAUUAUGGGAUGGAGGAAAUCUGGGGGGUGGGGUAAGGCCAGUUUCCACCUCUACUCCCCCACCCUAUCCCCUUCACUGAAGGUGAAAGAGGAGGGAAUCUUGUAACUGACAAUUGGAAGCAAUCUAAGACCAAGCAGUUAUUUCCUCAAAUUCUCUCCAGUAGAGGAGUAAGGAUCUGAACUCUGCAAGAACCUAGCUAGAUUGUGGGGAGUUCCCUAGAGAAAAAAGGACAGGUCAAGAUAGAACAGUGAAUCUAACAUUAGACCAAUGAGCCCUGUCAUUGAUUUCCCUGGCCUGUGGUUGGAGUUUACAGAGUGGUCAUCUCUGGAUGGAGAAUCGGUGGCUGGCUACAGUGUGGCCCUGGCAACUCCAGAGAAUCCCGGGAAUAGGUGAAUAGUGUCUGGAUUUCUUGGGAGCCAGAACUGAAGGAUGGUUGUGAGGGAGAUGCUGCCUUUGGUGACAUGGCCAUCUGCAUAUAAUCCCUGAGAGAGCAUCACUUGCCACUGGGGCUGGUAGGAUGCAGUGAGCCAUAUCCAUUAAGUAGGAAAUGGAGUCGUCUUGUUGUUUACAUGAUGGGUGCUCAACAAAUUCUUUAAGGAUGGCUGCUGCUGAAUUGAUUGGUAUCAACAACCACUUGAUAUAUUUAUUAAUGACCUACUGUCUUCAAGGAUGAUGUUGAUGGAUUAGGAAGGAACAGGUUCAGAAAACAUAAAAAAUACAAUGGGGAUGAAUGGCUUUCUUCUUGGGAACUUCAGCUGCCAAACUUGAAUUGGAAAAUUAAAGGGAAGAUGCUGGUCUAGGCCCUAUUUUCAUUUUCCCCUGGCAUUAAGAGAAUAUUGCAAGGAAUUCCCACCAUGGAAAUCAGGGACUUGAGACAGGAAUGGUUCUAGGGCUAUCUGGCAAGGUCAGAGAAGACACACAUCAGUCUAUAAAACCUGGGCUCAAUGGUGAAAACAUCAGGAGUUUGAGAGAGUUCGAAACUGACCCUCAGAUAAAAUAUGAGAAAGAUAAGUUGAGAACUGGAUGUCUGCUCUUAAUCUGACUUUGGGAAGUGAACAUUGUGAUUCUUAUGCUGAAGGUAAGCAGUACCGGAGAUGGGGAUGGCCUUCAUGGCAUCCUUUAGUCUGCUUCCUACCCUAGCCUUGAAAUCUCAGAGCCUCCUUUCAGCCUCCAAUGUAGAUCUCCUCAUUCCCUGGCUGCUAUGUUUGGUCUGAAAUAGCAUACUUUCCUUGGUCUUCAUCAAUUAUUAGAAGCAGAAUUAAUGUGAGAAGAAUUCAUGGGCUCCUGCCCUCACCUGGUGUAUUGUUCUGAUACUUGUCCCUUUGAUCCAAUCUAACAAGUAUUUAUUAGGUACCUAAAUGUGCAGGAGGCAUUGUACUAGGCACCAAAGUUACCAAGACAAAACAAAAACAGAUCCCUGUCCUCGAGAAGCAUAAGGGAGAAGGGAUUUCAGCCAAGCAUGGAAAGUUAUCUUUUAGCCAGGCAGUUCCCAGAAGGAGAGGUGAGAAGGAAGAAGAAGAAGAAAGGAAGCUAGAAGGAAGUGAGAGAGAACAGAUGGCCAUGGGGAUGAUCCAGACUCAGGAUCAGCCAAAUCAAUAGUACAGUAUCUGGCCUGAGGAAAAGGAGGCUGCUUAGGUCAGUCUAGGGCCCCUGAGGAUGAGACUGUGGGCUGAGGUGGCUGUUCCUCCUCCCCCAUGGCUAGGAAAAAUUCAGCUCGAAUAAUGCUCCGGCAUCUCUUUUUGUAUUAAUUUUGCAAAUGUGGACAGUCCUUCCUCAAAGAGUUUGUGUUGAGGAUGCAUCCAGACCUCAGGAAGGUGAAGCAAAGACAGCACAAUGGCAGGCAGGACACAAAAGUUCAAGGCUUCUGCCUAGCUUCAUUGACUCAUUCAUACCUUGACUCAAGGUUUGGGGUGGGGGGUGGGGGGAUGGCUGAUAAUGGAGAGAAUUGAUUCUCUUUGGCUAAAAAUGUUGAGUUGCUCAGGGAUGAGUGCCCCAGACUUGGGACAGUUGGUGGGCUGAUUGAGCUGUUGAUGGUGAAUUCUGGUCCCAUCCUUUACCCAAUCCAUUUGGUAUAGCAAUUCCUUAGCUGAUCCAGUGAGCGUCCAUCUAUCUGAUAACUACUUUUGCCUAGGCCAGAGACUUUUUUAGGGGAAGGGGGGUUAGUUUUGCAGGAGAGUUUUCCUCCUUGCCAUGCAAAGUGCCAUCCUUAACUCAGUGGAAGUAUUUUUUGGUGGCCAUCUGCACUGGGGAAGAAAACAGAUAACUGUUUAAAGAAAGGUUUGUGGGCAGUGAUGAAGUAUGGGCCAGAAGUUAAGUGUAGAAGGAAGAGAGGGAUCUCAGGUGUGACGGGUUGAAAGCCAUCAGGUGGCAUAGUUUAACUAUGGCAGUCCUUCCCUGGCUAUUGAUGCAGCGCUAGGAGCACCAGAAGGUGAGAAACACGGUGUAAGGAAGCAGCCAUAGAUGUCGUGCCAUCUGCUGUUCUCAGAGGAGUCCAAUCUGGUCUGGCUUAUCUCUGAUUCAGAGAUUCUCAGAAAUACUCUACAGUGAAAUGAAGGGCCUGGAAAGGUCUGUGAUUCUUAUGUCCACUCUAGAGUGGACCCUUGGCUAGGCCAAAACUAAGGUCCUUUGAACUAGAUUACCAAGUGAUUCUGGGCUAAGAGACUGUAGUGACUACCUUCAGGUCCACAUGGCCGUUUAGAGUUUGAAAGGAAAUGAGGGUGGGUUGUUUACUGCACCACUUUUUUAUUAUCCUUUAAAGACCCAAAAGUUUCAAUCAGCCUGGCUUCCUUUGACCAAGAAGGCUCCCCAUGUCUUAGAACAAAUGACAGGUCUAAAAUAAUAGGCUGGAAACUUGACAGUAGGGGUGAAGGAACUAUUCCUGACACUCAUGUCAAUCAUCUAUGAACAAAACAAAAAACAAAUGCAUAGGCCACUUCUCCAUAUUCUUUGUUCCCAGAUUAAGUCAACUCUACUCCUAGAGGCCAUGGGCACCUCUAUGAGCAAAGUGUUCACAGAAACUCAGUUUGAGUUAGUUCCUGGGAUAUUGAUCACUUUAAUAUCAACCCACAUGCAUAUAAAUGUACAUACAUACAUAUACAUAUACAGAAAUGCUUUUGUUCAUAAACAUGUCCAUAUUCAUACAUGGGCUUGAGUAAUGAUUUCAAAAUGCACUUUUCAGAUACUCCAACAUGUUUUUAAUUAAAAACAUACAUCCUGGGGAGUUUUAAAUUGAAGACUGAAGUACAGUCUGGUAAGGAUGGGAUAGAUAUCAUCUCCAAAAAGAUUAAAAAUCAUUUCCGGACAGAAAGUAUCACCGUUUGAACAAUAUUGUUCAUUUUGUUCAUUGGAGUCUCAAGGCACAAGCAGGUGGUAUACCUAGGGAGCCAGCAGUCACGAUCAGGUAUAAACUAUCUCCUUUCCACACAACCAGCAAACUUCAUUCAUUACUAUAGCACAGUCAUAAAGGCCCUUUGGAAUGAUUGUAAAUAUUUGUUACAUAGACUUCCAUUUUAUCUCGCAGAAAAUUGAGAAAGCUAUUUUGCCAGAAAGCUACUUUGGCACUAGGGAUCCCAGCAAUUCCUUCAUCCUCUAACUACAAUUCUAUCCCUUCAGAUUCCUUUCUUUUCCCUGAACCACCUGCAGAUCUCUGGGUGAGGUAGAGGUUAAACUUCCUAACUCGUUUCACCCCUCCCAACCCAAAUGUAUUCCUAAUGUUGAGCAUACACUUGAGCUGGUUGAGGCACUGUUGUAUUUUGAUGUACCUGUUGUGAGUGGGUGAUAGAAUUGGUGGACACUUUCUAGAGGUUAAGGAGUAAGCUCUGACCACAUUACCUGGAUCAUCAGGAAGGAGAUUUCCUGGAGGGAGAAAUAGUCUGGAACUGAGCUCAUAAAGGAGUUUGAAGUUUGUAGAUAACUUGAAAAUAUAACCUAAAAGGGCCUAAUGAUGAAUGGAUGACCAGAUGGAUGGAUGGAUGGAUGAAUGAAUGGAUGGAUGGAUGGUGAACUAGAGAAGAGGCUAGGGUAAUGCCUUAAUUUUCCAUGGUUAGUAAAGGGGGGACUAUGUGUAGCUUGUUAGACGGGGUUUUCCCUCUAUCUGGACGGGGCCUGAUUUUCCUAUUUAGUUUGUAUGUGUUCUCUUCUGGGGAAGAAUGAGUUGGCAAGGUGCCCCAACAGAUGGAUAGAAGUUAUAUAAUGGAAUAAUGCUGUUUGAUGGAAUAAUUAGAUGAUGAUGGAGGCUGGGAGGGACAGAGCUGCUAAGACAGGGGCACCAGAGGGUUGAGGACAGAGUAGGAGGGGAGAAGAUCUGGAAUCAAUUAACUCAAAGGAACUACAAAUUGGAUUAAAUCAAUUGAAUUUAAUCCUGAGUUAAGAGGCAUUCCUCACUGGCCACAUUUUUGCCCCAUCCCUAGAAGCCACUCAGACACCCCCUAACAAUUCACUUUUAAUUUAAGUAUAGAUUUCUUUUUCUUUCCCUCUAAAUAAAGCAAAGUGAGAGGAAAGAGGAGGAAGAGGGAUGGGUUAUCAGGUGGUCCCUGUUUGAGAGUAGAACAGAACUCCGAGCCAAUGGAAAAGAGAUCUGGCACACAAGCUCUUUCAGUGGCAAACCCACAAUGGAUACCCAUUUCAAAAUCAACAACAAAAUGACUGUAAGAUGCUAGAUUGCCAUCUUGUGACUGGCAGGGUUUUCCCUUAAUUCCCUUAAGUAACUGAAUAAAAGUUCCCCGGAUGAGAGGACACUAGGCGUUCCUGCCUGGAGCCAAGUCUGGGCUGGGAGCUUCUGGGGUAAGAGGACCAUCAGUUCUGCUCACCCCCUAACAAAGUGUGUGACCCAGCAUUUGGCAGCAAAGGGGACCACGGAAAGCCUGUCCCACCUCCUACCCUCUUGUGUCCUGGGGCCUCUUCACUCUCCUUUACCAGUCAUCUUGUUAUAACUAUGGAGCUGCGUGUCUGGGGUUAUUUGGGGAUUUGGGGGGGGGGGGGAGGGAGGAGGGGUAAUUUUUUUUUUUUUGCAUGACCUCUAAAGAGAAAAAAAAAAACAUAUAAAUCCAUUGAUAGCUAGGUAUACAUAACUUUUGGCAUGUGUAUAUCUAUCUAUCCUGAGGAAGAGAACUUGAUGAAAGAUGAGCACUCUGCUCCAUGAAUGCUAGGGGAUCUUUCCUCUUUUCUGACUUUCUCUUCUUUCUUUUUGCUGAGUUUCAUUGUCUUUUCUUUCUGAGCCUUGUAAGUGUAAAAACAAAAAUGAUUCUUAUUUUGUUCUGUCUCGGGAAACUGCAAAUAAAACAAAACAAAAAAAUGGGACAAA